UUCACAUCUUCAUUAGUUGAUUUUUUUUUAAAAUUUUAUAAUUAUAGUUGAAAUUAUCUAUUUGGUUGCUGGGGGAUGUGGGUUGAUUAAAUGGGGAAGAAUUAGAAGGGGAAAAGGGAAAUGGUUGAAUCUUUUUUUUUCUUUGUCCUUUUUGUGUGAUCAAUUGGAUUUGCAUGUUGGUUGAGAAAAAAAAAAAAUUUAAAAAAAGUUAUUCUGUUAACCUGAGAUUUGGGGGAAAGUUUCGUCCUUUUUUUUUGAAUUUACUUGGUUUCCUAAUUGUUCAUUAGUUGAGUUAAUGGCAAUUCAUGGCUCCUCGUUAAGAUGUUCAAUAUGAAAAAGCUCUGAUUGUACCAACUAGUUGGGAUCAAGGCUUCAUCAUGUCGGUAUUCUUUUGAAUUUUGAUUACUUACUGGUGUUUUCCAGGAUUUUUGUUUUUUGUUUAUCUCGAGAUUUGUGUGUCAGUGCAGGAAUAAGUGUGGGAUUUAAAGAACUUUUAGUUUUAGAGAGACCUUAAUUUGUCUUAAACACCAAGUGUUAUCGAAUAGUGGAACGAAACAUGCCCAAAUAUAACAUAAUGGAUAAUAAUGACUCAUGUCGUCCAUCCCAACUACUUUGGAUUGAGGCUUAGUAUUUGUUGUUGUUGGUUAAUGGUUACACAUGGGGUUCCCAUGAUAUAAUCAAUUAGUCGACAGAGAUUGAUCCUUAAGUGCCCGCAGAGAAGAAGCAAAGCUACAGCUUGACCUUUCGAAUAUCAUAGAAUGCAGUUUGGGUUAUCCUGGCUGGAAACUUUGUGCUAUGAUUUAAUAGUUCCCAAAUGCACACCUGAACAGAUAAUGUUGCUGAAAGCCUUAUUGUCCUGCUUAUGUGUGCUUUUCAUUUUGAAUGACAACUAGUUUCAUAAGCUCUUCAUCAAGGCAGGGGUUUUAUUUAUUUCCUUAAACUUUGAUGCUUGGAGCUACUUGUUUGUAGUGAUCUAGAGUUACACACUUAUGCUACACUUGAUUGACAUUCAAUGUGUUCUUUCAACCAUGUAUAGCAAAGUUAUGCUUUGGUAACUGCUAUCCAAGCCAGAGGAGAUGCACUCUUCGAUCCUAUCUUCCAAGUAAAUUCCAUUCUAUAAAUUUGCUCCUAAGUUGAACAAAAGCCUGUAACAGGAUUCCUCAAAGUUUGAUCCAUAAUUUGUACCUGUCCACCAAAAUGUUUUGACCGUUGCUAACACUAUUCUGAUGAAAUACAGAAGCUAGAAAUUCAAAACAACAUCCAAUUCCAAUGCUGUUGGAGUUUCUUCUUAAUUACAGGCCCCAAGUCAGACCUAUGCUUCUUUGUUUUACACGAAACAGCAUAACUAAAGAAAAGCAUAGCUUCCUGUUGCAAAGUUAGGAAAUGAUUUUUUUAUCCAUUUGAUGAAGUUGUGAUACUAUAUGUUCGUAUUUCCCUUGUUAUUCUUUUAUUGUGGGUCCCUCUCCCUAAAAUGGUAGUGUAAAUUUAUCAUGAAACAGUGGUACAUAUAGCCACGGGCAGAUAGUUCAGACUUUGAUUUGUAGCAAGCUUAGUGCUUUAAUCAAUUGUUGGAUUCCCACAUGUUGUAUGCGUUUAAUCUUCUUUCCUGAACAACAAAGAAAAAAGAAAAAAAUUGCACAAAUAAGAAGAUGGCAGUUCUUUUGGAAUAUGUGUCUUGACAGCUUUUGCAAAUUUGAGGGGAGCAUUCAUUCUUCUUUGCUCCUCUGCUGGUGAUAAAUAUGAUCCUUCAUCUUUUCUUCCUCCACCUUUCUUUCGCUUUUAGUAUCCUUAAAUAAAACGUCCGUGAUUCAUGUGGUCCAUUUCCUGACGUGCUCUUUCUCCACCUGCUGCAGCCUGCAGAGGCAGCAAGCUUUUUCAAUUUGUGUGUAACAUCUAUUCCAUGAUUGGGUGUAAUAUUUUUGUAUAGUGACAUGAAUGUGUAGAAGGAUUAGCAAUGGCUCUUAGUUCCUCUUAAUAUUUGGUUGGAAGACUGGCUUCUGUUAGUUUGUCUUUAGUAUAGAAAUCUUUUGGAUUUCUGGUGAACUUUGCCUCAUGAUGUAAUGGGAAUCGAUCCUGGAUAACUUUACCAUUGGAUCUUGCAUGCUUUGCUAUGGCAAAUUCCAAGGGGCCAUCUAGCAUGAGACAUAUGAUGUACAAUGGAAAGAGCUCUUUACUGCCUCCUAAAAGUCCGUUUCCUAGCACAUGUCCCCCGUAUGUUGAUUAUCUCCCUAGUUCUGCUGUCACCCAAAAGGGCAUUUCGAAAUGCAGAGACGGUUCACACCAUCAGCGUACUUCUUCUGAAAGCUGUCUUAUAGAGGAGCAACCAUCUUGGUUAGAUGAUCUUCUUAAUGAGCCGGAAACUCCUGUACGCAGAGGUGGCCACCGACGUUCAUCUAGUGACUCCUUUACAUAUUUUGAUGCUGCUAAUAUUGCAAACUUAGAUUACAUAGCGCAAGAUGAUAACAAAUUCAGAAAUAUAACUCCCGUCGCUUCCUGGGGAUCCCAAGACUUUGAUUAUUACAAAGAUGCUCGGCAUGCCACAUUUCAUGUUGAUCAAAACUCCUCAAACCAACAAAAGAGUAGGUCGAGGGAUGCAUCUCCAAAUGCCAAACCACAUCUCCGUGGUCUUCUACCUUCUAGGGAAAAUGUCAAGACUCAGAGCUUGGGAUCAUCAUUUCCUCCACAAGAAGGAGAGAGGCCCAAAUCUGCAGGAAGUGACAAGCAGGAUUUACUUGAAUCUGUCACUCCUGAUCCGAAGGGAUCUGGUGAAAAAAAGGAUUCUUCUCACAGUAAGAGUUUUGCAUCAGAAAAUGACACGAAACGUGCAAAGCAACAAUUUGCUCAACGUUCACGAGUUAGGAAGCUUCAAUACAUAUCUGAACUGGAAAGAAAUGUUCAAGUUCUGCAGGCUGAAGGUUCUGAGGUAUCCGCUGAGCUUGAAUU